AUGGAUGAAACCAUUAGAAUUACUGCACUCCGUGAACGAGGAGAACUCUUGGAGCGAGUCUCCAGUCUCCAGCGCACGCUAUCAGAGGUUGAGAUGGAGCGUGACCAACUGUCGCGAGCAAGUGGCAAACUGGAUAAGGACCGGCACACUCUUAAAUCUAAUCUCGACAAAACUGAACGAGAACGUCAACGCCAAGAAGAACUAGCUGCUAAAUCGCAAAUGGACCGUACAGAACUGGAGCACAUGGUCCGACGGUUGGAGGAGGAGAAUGCUGGCCUCCAGCGCCAGAUGCACUACCUUCAGGUGAACUCCAUUGAUCCUUUUUAA